AUGACAAAGUUACUCUGCAUACUCUUUCUCUGGUUUCACUUCCUUACAAUCUCUGCCCAUCUCACAUUAACAGCUACGGUUACUCUUCCUCCUCGUCCAACAGCAGCGCAAUCCUUUACAUCACCCCGUUGCUACACCUCCGAUUCGCAAUUCCGCAACACUAUCGUUGCCGUCACCAAUAAAUUCAGAUGCGAACACAAUGCCACAGCGCUUAAAUGGAAUAGGACUCUAGAAGUCAGCUCCCGAAACUGGGCUCGAAAAUGCCGCUGGGAACAUUCCACCUCGGGUGAAAAUCUCGCCAUGGGCUACGCCAACGUCACAGCCACCGUCCAGGCGUGGGGCGACGAGCGGAGGACUUUCAACUUUAAUAAGCCGCGCUUCACGCAUGAGACGGGCCAUUUCUCACAACUUGUAUGGAAGGGGACGAAGACGAUGGGGUGUGAGAGGUUUGAUUGCGGGAAAGCUAAUCUUCGUGACCGAGACGAUGAUGCUGCGCAUGGUUGGUAUGUUGUUUGCCAGUAUUUUCCACCGGGAAAUGUCGUUGGUGUGCGGUCUUUUGAGGAGAAUGUUCAGCCUCGAGUUAGUGGUGGUGUCCCCAGAUUGAAGUCAGGGGUGUUUGAGGGGUGGGCGCUGGCUAUAAUUUUAGCUGCGGUGCUUGUGGGAGUUGAAGGGGUGUGUUAUGGCUAA